GCGUGCGCGCAGGCUCGCCGGAGGCGGGAGGGGGCGGAGUCGCUUCACGGUGUGAGCCCGCCCCGGGGUCCGCCAAGGUGCGUCUCCUGGCCGCCGCGGCCGCCUGGGGCUGAGUGAUUGAGGACGCGCCACCUGCUGUGCUGGCUGCUGCUUUUUAUUUACUAGCAAACACUGUUUCCCCCCGGGAGAGUCGGGGAGCGCGCAGGCACACACACACACACAGACGCACACGCUCACUGACAAAUGCGCACAGACACACAUAGACACACAGACACGCUAGCGAUCUGGUCUUCACAACUGCAUCCCCAAACCGACAGCGCGAAGCUGCUGUGGUUUCUUUUAACCUCAGCAUCGUGGGCAGAAGCAGAGCCGUUGUGCAUCAGGGAGCGCCCGGUGCCUGCACUGCCGCCUGGGGUACAUACAUAACCCAGCGGACCGCUCACCCCAUCGGCUGGAAUGCUUGCAAACUGCUAAGGCUGAGAUCCUGAGGAACCCAGCUGGAGAAUGCCGUCUGAACGCUGCCUGAGGUUGGCCCUUAUUCAAGAAAUGCUGACGGGCCAGAGGCUCUGCCACUCGGAAUCUCACAAUGAUAGCGUCCUGGCUGCGCUGAAUCAGCAGAGAAGUGACGGCAUCCUCUGCGACAUCACCCUAAUUGCCGAGGAACAGAAAUUCCAUGCUCACAAGGCAGUCCUAGCAGCAUGCAGCGACUAUUUCCGGGCAAUGUUCAGUCUCUGUAUGGUGGAAAGUGGAGCCGACGAGGUGAAUUUACACGGUGUGACCAGCCUUGGCUUGAAGCAGGCUCUGGAGUUUGCAUACACAGGCCAGAUUUUGUUGGAGCCGGGUGUGAUCCAGGAUGUGCUAGCAGCUGGCAGUCACCUACAACUGUUGGAGCUUCUCAAUUUAUGUUCCCACUAUCUCAUCCAGGAAUUAAAUAGCUUUAAUUACUUGGAUCUGUACAGACUUGCUGACCUCUUUAACCUCACUUUGCUGGAGAAGGCAGUGAUCGAUUUCUUAGUGAAACAUCUCUCUGAGCUCCUGAAGAGUCGCCCAGAAGACGUUCUAACGCUUCCUUAUUGUCUGCUCCAGGAGGUUCUGAAGAGCGACCGCCUGACCUCCCUGAGUGAAGCGCAGAUCUGGCAGCUAGCCGUGAGGUGGCUGGAACACAACUGCCAUUACCAGUACAUGGAUGAGCUCCUGCAGUACAUCCGCUUCGGCCUGAUGGAUGUGGACACUCUCCAUACAGUUGCCCUGUCCCACCCCCUCGUCCAGGCAAGCGAAACUGCAACCGCUCUUGUCAAUGAGGCCCUGGAAUACCACCAGAGCAUCUAUGCACAGCCCGUUUGGCAAACUCGCAGGACCAAACCGCGCUUCCAGUCAGACACUCUGUAUAUCAUUGGCGGGAAAAAGCGUGAGGUCUGUAAAGUCAAGGAACUUCGGUACUUCAAUCCUGUUGACCAGGAGAAUGCUCUCAUAGCUGCCAUUGCCAACUGGAGUGAGCUGGCUCCCAUGCCCGUGGGAAGGAGCCAUCACUGUGUGGCAGUCAUGGGGGACUUUCUGUUUGUAGCAGGCGGAGAAGUUGAGCACGCUAGCGGCCGGACGUGUGCCGUGAGGACUGCCUGUCGCUAUGACCCUCGCAGUAAUUCCUGGGCCGAGAUAGCACCCAUGAAAAACUGCCGGGAACAUUUUGUGCUGGGUGCCAUGGAUGAAUACCUCUAUGCGGUUGGGGGUAGAAAUGAACUGCGCCAGGUUCUGCCUACAGUUGAGCGAUAUUGCCCCAAGAAGAACAAGUGGACUUUUGUGCAGUCCUUUGACCGAUCCCUUUCAUGCCAUGCUGGAUAUGUGGCUGAUGGUCUUCUUUGGAUAUCAGGUGGGGUAACUAACACAGCCCAGUAUCAGAACAGACUAAUGGUGUAUGAACCUAACCAGAAUAAAUGGAUAAGCCGCAGCCCUAUGCUGCAGAGAAGGGUCUACCAUUCCAUGGCUGCUGUUCAAAGAAAGCUUUAUGUUCUUGGAGGCAAUGACUUGGACUACAAUAAUGACCGGAUCCUUGUGCGGCAUAUAGAUUCUUACGACAUAGACACUGACCAGUGGACGCGUUGUAAUUUCAACCUGUUGACUGGCCAAAAUGAAUCUGGAGUUGCUGUCCAUAAUGAGAGAAUAUAUUUAGUUGGUGGAUAUUCGAUUUGGACAAAUGAGCCUCUGGCUUGUAUCCAGGUAGUGGAUGUAAGUAGAGAAGGCAAAGAAGAAGUAUUCUAUGGGCCUACACUCCCUUUUGCUUCCAAUGGAAUAGCUGCAUGCUUUCUUCCAGCUCCAUAUUUCACAUGCCCUAACCUUCAGACUCUUCAAGUGCCUCAUCACAGAAUUGGGACCAUCUGAAAGGCAAUGCUUUGUUAAUAACUAUCCUGAACAGAAGAAAAGUUUCAUUUUUGGAUAUUGGGCAUGAAAAGACUCAGUGCUCAAUUGCUUCCUUGUUUUGUUUUAUAUGUCUUAUAUUCAGAUAAACAUUAGCAAAAAAUGAACAGUUUUCUAAAACACAUUACUGAAAACUCAUGUCACCCUUCUCAUUGUGGGUCAAUAUACAAUAUAUAUGACUUUUACUGUGGUGUAGCUUAGUACCAACUUAAUGGUCCAUAAUUGUUCCAUGGGUCUUUAGAGCCUUCGUGUAUACUUUUUCUAAAUCAGUGCUGUCUAGGAAAACAGGACAAUGUUAGUAAGGAAUUUAUUUCACAAGUAUUGUCCUCAGUGGUCUUUAAAAAAAAUAUUCAGUAGUUAAUUUCCUUCCUACUUAAAACCUGGGUUUGUAAUUUUUCUUUUAAAAAUUUAACAUUAUGCAGCCCCACUCGGUAUAGACUCAGCAUUAUGACAUUAUAAAAUUUUAAAUGCCAUAUUUUAUUCAAGGUAAUACGAAUAAUAGAAGUACAUCAGAACAGCAGUUGGAAUACCCAUAUUUUUUGACUUGGUUAAUCUGUGACCUUGGGCGAGGGCUUACCUUUCUGUACUUGUUUUUCCACUUUUUAAGGAGGAUAAUUAUUGAUUUCCAUAUAAAUUCAGAAGAAUUCUGUGAAGAUUAGGGAAAUGCUAAGUACUUCGCUGAAGAAAAAAAGUUACUCAAAUUACAAGGUAUUUUACAGUGUUUAGAACCUUGUAACUGAAAAAGGAGGUUAUUUUUGAAAUUAAAUAAUUACUAAAUAGAACUUGAAACACAUAUUAUGGAAUAAAUGAUUCGAAAAGCAUGUGAAAGAUAUGCUAAUUAGGAAAAGGGGGGUUUACCAAAGCCAAAGAUUCCCAAGUCUGUACAAAUUUCUUGCUUCAAAUAAUAAUUUAAACUUCUCACUUAAACUCAUUUAGUGAAAAAUGACAUUUAAGCUAAAAAAAAAAUUAGUUAUACUAAUUUUGGCACCAUAAAGUGCUCUGACAUAAAUCUGAACCUAGACUUGGUAAUUCUAAUAAAAGUUUUUCCACUUUGUUAAAGGUUAUGUCAAUCUUGAGGACUUGUGGGAUCCUUUUCCACCACCAAUACAUAUUUUAUUACUACAAAUUUUUAAUAAUGCAUAAGAAUUAUUUAGGUGAGGUUUUUGGAUUUGCUUUGUCUAUAGCAAAAAUAUACACAUAAAAUAAAACUCAAUCACCUUUGAACAUAAAUUCAAGAAGUAUAACAUGAGUUUUUCCCUUUUCUUGUUAGGAUCUAAGUCACCUUUAUAAAAGAGAAACUUUAUGCUUUUUCCUUCAGCAUAGUUUAAUUAUUCAGCAAUCUUUAUCUUACAGGAAACAGUCCUUUUAUUGAUGGAACCACUUUUAGUCAUCAGAAGUGAAUAAAAACAUAAACACUUUUUAAUCUUAAAUACAAAAAUGACUAACUUAAUAUAUUGUUAUACCUAAAAUUUUUAAUUUCCAAAUAAUAAGUAAUCUGGUUAUUCAGAUUAAAGAACAGGAGGAGAGACUAGGAGUAAGGGGAAAAAAAGUGAAUAAAAAACCUUCCAGAGAUUUAGCCAAAAAAUCUUGAGUAUUUUUAUAGUUCUGAAAAGUGCAAAUUGAUACUGUUCAUUGAUAUCAAAGAGUGUCUUUAAAGGGUAUAAAUCAUGUAAACUAGAUAUUUUAAAUGCCUUACUAAGUCAGGAAAAUGACUCCAGUAUUUGAGGUAGCUUUCAACAAGAACCAGAGCAAGAAGUAUUUCAGAUUUACUAAAAUUUCUACUUGACAAAUGAAUUUACUUCCAGCUGUUUUUACCUUAUAAAAACCAUUACAUUUAAAAUCCCAAUCCUAUAUCCAAUGAAUGAAAGGGAAAUGGUCUAAAAAUAAGCUUGCCUAACUGAUAAUGGAAAGGUAGCCUGAGAUUACUCCUGAUAUUUUCUGUAUAGACUUCUAACUAUUCAUUUAAAACAAACUGGCAUAUUAUUAUCAAACCCCUUCUUGGUGAAAUUUAAUGUGUUAUUCACUAAUAUUACAGAAUUGAAUGCAGAGAAUUUUAAAGUUUUGCAUAGUUUUUGAAAACAUCUUUUAUGCUGUAGCCAGAGAAUAGAAUCCAAAGUGCAACAUUCCUCUCUGAGGAAAAAUAAAAUGCUAAACACUUAUGAUUAGCUCAUUCUCCUCAAAUUAUUAAGAGCUAAUAAAAAGUCUAGAAAACUAUGCUUGGUCAUAUAAAGCAAAUUCCAUUGAAACUAUUCAAAUAUAUAUUUUCCAUGUAAGUGACCUAUCCUUCUUAAUUCAUCUUCCAUUUUUACUCUUCAAAAUUAUAGAACAUGUUGUAUUUGUAGUAAAAUUAUAUUUCCAUUGGGAGAUCAUGAAACUUCCACCACUUUAAACUGCUACUUCAAGACUUGACUUUACAAGAGAAGACACAGUACCAGAUAAAUAUUAGCAGAAUGUUCCUUUGUGUAGGAGGAAAAGCCAGCAAAGACACUAAUCUCUAAAAUAGUAUGUUUGUAAAGUACAAUGAAAUUCCUUAGAACCUUCAUAACAAAAUACCUACUAGGUUGCGAUUAGGAUAUUUUUCCUGCUUUUUCUCUUCAUAUUUUCCACACGGUUUAACCACAUGUAUACCGUAUCCUUUCCAGCUAUUGCAAUAACUGAAAAACUCUCUAUUGUUUUACCACAGAAUAUAAAACAGGAAUAAGAUAGAAAUUAUUCCUCAAGACAACAUGGUUCAUUUUUAUUUUGGUUUUCAAAUAGUCAAUCUAUCAUAAAAAAGAAGCGGAAUAAUCAUGGAUGCAGUGUAAAUUAUAUACAUUAGAAAGGUAUAUACCAUUAGUAUAGACAUAAUUAACUUAUAAACAUGAAUAUACAAUAAGAACGUCCAGAAAGCACAAUUCACAGAUGCAAUAAGUUGGAUGACUGUUAGCACACCACGAACUUUAACAAGCAGAUUAUUCAGUUCUAAUCAUGAGGUACUUAUUUUGGUAACCUUAGCAAUAUAGAUUAUCAGAGAAUCAAAAUACAAAUCUUAUAUCUUAUUAAAUAUGUGAAAAAAUAUGCUAACUUUGCUAGCUUCCCAAAACAACUGUUUUAAGCGAACAAAGCAUGGCAUUUAUAUUGGCAUACUAUACACUUGACUGACAAGGUAGUAUUUUUAACCCUAAAAGGAGCAGGCAGGAGAUCAGUUUUUGGAAAAUAUAAGGUUUACAUAAACUUUAUAGGGAUUUAGGGAAGAUAGGUUUCCUACAGGUCUUUCUCAAUUGCAGAAGUUUAUCAAAUUUUUAUGUAACAGAUAAUCCUAACAAA